GAAUCAUCACCAAUUGGAAUGAGAUGACCUCGAAGUUCUUGAAACAAUUCUUCCCUGCGCAACUCACGAAGAAGCUAAGGAGGGAGAUUCAGAACUUCACUCAAAAGGAUGGUGACACUCUCUAUGAGGCAUGGGAAGAGUUUCAGGAACUUCAGAGGAAGUGCCCUCAUCAUGGAAUUUCUUUGGACGAGUUAGUUCAAGCUUUUUAUGAGGGACUUGACAACACCAACAAGGGUAUGGUGGACUCUGCAUGUGGAUGCACGUUUAUGAACAAGACCGGACGGCAAGCAUAUAACUUGAUUGAAGACUUGGCGGAUAACAAUCGUCAAUUCAGCACCAAGAACCCAAGGAAGUCGGCAGGAGGCCGUGGUGGUGUCUAUGACAUUGAAACUCGGAAUCAAAUGAUCACGUUGGAUAGGAAGCUUGAUGUCUUGGUCAAGGCUUUCAAUGGUUCGAAUCUUGGCAACCAAGCUUGUGGAAUUUGCUCACUUUCGGAUCACUCUACAGAUUCAUGUCCGAAUGGUGCUAUGAGUGAGGAGGAGUUGAACUUUAUGGGACAACAGAGGCAACGUUAUGACCCAUAUUCGAACACUUACAAUCCUGGAAUUAGAGAUCAUCCAAAUUUUCGGUGGAGUAACAACAAUGCUCAACCGGCCAAUAUGCACGGUCAAGGACCUCGUCCUUCAGGUUUGUUUGUGAGGCCUCAGGUACCUCAAGGUUUUGUUCCUAACUCUUCUAAUUUCGUGCCUAAUAAUGCCAAUGUUCAAAGUUCAAAUAACAAUGCUAGUUCUUCUACUCCUAAUUAUGAUGAAAUCUUGAAGUCCCUUGCUCAAGGGCAACAGAACUUAACAUCUGCAACUCAAGCUUUAGUGACAGGUCAACAGGCUAAUUCUAAAGAGAUCACGGAGCUCAAGAAGCAGAUGGGCCAGGUUAUCGAUUUCAUGGGUAAAAUCCAUGAAAGUGGAAAGUUGCCAGGCCAAACCUUGCCAAACCCGAAUGCCGGACAAUUCAAGAUCGUUACAACUAGGAGUGGUCGCGUCUUUGAAGAACCUUUGUUGAAGAAGUCGGAGCCUUCUAAGGAAGGUGAGGCCGAGAGCAUAUUGAUGCAAGAUGACGAAGACAUUGAAGAGGUUUAUGUUCGAGAAGCAGCCGGACAAAGAGGCCGUGCCUCAGUCCGAGAGAGAGACCAACCGUUUGCUAAAUCAAAGCACGAUGAAGCUGAUCAUGCAAUGAUUGAGUUAUUCAAGAAGGUGGAAGUAAACAUGCCAUUGCUUGAGUGCAUUCAACAAAAUCCAAAGUAUGCGAAAUUCUUGAAAGAGUUAUGCACCAACAAGAGGCUACCACGAGAGAAGGAUGUAGCGGUAAUGAAUGAAACCAUCUCUGCGGUUUUUCAAAUGAAACUACCACCUAAGCUCAAGGAUCCAGGGAGUUUUUCGAUUCCAUGCACCAUUG